AUGUCUGAUCUUCUGGCGGAUUUAGUAGAGGAAAUACUCUCUAGGGUUCCGGCGAAAUCUUUGAGUAGAUUUCGAUCGACUUGCAAAAGAUUCAAUGAGGAGCACUUUUGUAAAGCUCCAAAGCAGUCUUAUAUUCUCAUUAUGAAAGAAUAUAGGCUUUGGUCAAUGAGCGUCGAUCUCAACAUUGUUCCUCCAUCUAUUGGUUUAGAGGUCUACUUGACCUACCUGAUUCCCAUUCUAAAUCUAGUAAGAAGGCUCUUUCAGUUGUCGGAGAAGAACAACUCUCAGUGUUCAUAUCAGAACAUCAAUAACGCUCGGUGUUCAAUCAAAGUAUCAAACAUGGAGAUGUGGGUGACCAAUAAAAUUGAUACAGAAGCAGCCACCACCGCAGCGUUGUCGUGGAGCAAAUGCUUUAAAGCGGGGAAAAUGCUUGUACAGUGGUGA